AUGGGGCUUACACUUUCGCGUGAUCACGGAUAUACUCGUACUUCAAUUUCCAAUUUGCAGCCCUAUUUAUUUUAUGUUAGGAAUAUCAUUGCUGCUUUCAUCUCGAUUAUCACACAACUCAAGGGCAUCUAUUGUGAUGGUCAGUUUAAUCCUAAGGGUGCCUAUGUCUAUCUAGCCAUCAUUCAAUUCACUUCUUUAUCCAUCAUCCUUAUGGCUUUAUUCACCUAUCUGUCAGUAUUUGAUAACGAGUGGAAAGACGGUAACAUUCGAGCUCAUGGCAUGUUUUGGUGUGUCAAAGCACCGAUCAUGGUCAUCUUUUACUUUGGUGACAUCCUACUGGCCAUCCUUAGUUAUUUUGACGUAAUCCAUGACAGACCACCAGGAUCACCUAGUGGAACAUAUUGGACAGCAGAGGCUAUCAAGAACGGAUACUACGUGCUCAUCAUUUGUACGACCAUGACGGUCGUUGCUAUCCUCAUGCAAAUCUAUUUUGGCUUAGACGCCAGAGAAUAUCAAAUAGAAGAACCAGACCACGGUUAUUUUGAGGCAUUGAUUGAUGGCUUUUUGGCAUACAUCCCUCAGUUCCUUCGUAACGUGUUUAUGUGUGGAGGAGAUACGGUCGUGUUGGCCAAGAAGCGAAUGAAGUUAAGAAAGGAACGUCGACUGAGUGACGAUGAAUACAAUCUAUUGGCACCUGCAGAGGAUACUGCCAUGCCACAUGAGUACUUGACACAGCCAGCACCUUCACUUCAGCAUUCAAAACUCUAUGACGAAGACAUGCGAUUCAAUCGACAUAACUUUAAUGCUCUUCCAUUGGAACCCUUGGUACCAAUAGAGCAAAAGAAGCCUUUAUCAGAAAAACAAGACGAAAUAGCAGAGAAAAAGGAAAUCAAGGCACCAAGUGUCCGAUCUUCCUCUCUGGUUGCCAUACCUCCUCCGCCUGCUCAACAAAAUAGGACAUUAGGUCGUAAUGAUGAGGUAUCAGAGUCUAUCAGUCAAGGUCCUACUCAUUUUACUCCACAUGAAUUGGAAAGAAAUUGA